AUGAGCAAAGUACAACUCGAGUGCGUCUUUCUUAAAAACGUUUUGUUCUAUUUGCCAACACUAGUGGACAUCUCAUGCUUCGAGGAAGUCUGUAAAAAGUGUUCAAUGGCAAUUGCUACAGUCUUUAUCAACCCUUUCAAAUUAACACAAUUUUAUAGCUUCAAUAAGAUUAUCAAAAUCUUCCCAAAACUGCAGACGUAUUACUGCUCCAAACUCUACAACCCCCCAAAAAAACAAUUCGCAAAUGAAAUUCCGUUGAUGGAAAUUGGGGAGUUGGACGAAUGCUGUAACUUCGGAAUCUUUUCAACAAAUUGGUUUGCUGGGAAAGUGCGGAAAAUGCGAGUGACAAAGACCCUUUACACCCGAGUCACAAAGAAUUACUUGUUAUACACCAAUCUAAAAAUAGUGUCAAUAGAUAUUGCCCGAAUCUCCAAAUCGUUUCUGGUAGUUCAACUUCCUCCAGUUGUCUCUGUUUUGAUGUCGAUGAAAACAAUUGAAAAGAUGACAAUAUAUAUAUCCAAUUUUUAUGAUGUGGCAGGGUGUUUAAACCUUUUAAAAACACAUAACAACCCUACGUGCCAAUACACUAUAGUAUCACGAAAUAUAUAUGAUAAGUAUGCAUUUCAUUAUAUGCAAACUAUGGACUAUUCAAUAUUAGAACACUUACAAAGAAACGUUCAUGUAUAUUUGGGGACACUUGACGCUGGAAAGGAUUAUUACUUGAACGUCCAAAAAGAAGACUAUAAUGUUUCCUUCAAAAAGCGUUUACCGACAUUCACAAAACUUAAUAAUAAUGUUGGAGCGAAAGAACCACUCACAUUACAAGAAAUGAUUGAUUAUAUUAUUAACAAUGAAGUGCAUAAAGUAAGUUUCAAAGGAACACGACAAACAAAGAAAGAAUUAAGUCUUGGGGUACUUAAGUGGGUCACUGACAUCACUUUAAAACUUGUUGUCAACGACUUUUCCAUCCCAAAGUACACAAAACGGCUUUGUCUUCAAAAGUGUCGAAUAAAAGUGUUUGGCGAUAAAGUGAACUUGAAAACUUUGAUCAUUCAUGACAGUUUUAUUCAAGGAGAUUUGAAUAUUGAUGAAAUGUCUGUAUUUGAUAUGAGAAAAUCGAGUUAUAAUGGGAAGUUAUUAAAUAACAGGCAAGAACAAAAUUACUUUGAACUGAAUAGAAUCGAGUUUCUAUCGUAUUUUUCAAGUACUUUUUAUAAUGUUAUUGGCUUAAAGAUUAAUGAAAGUGUGACUGUGAAUAUCACAUUUGAAAUGUUAAUUGACCGUGGGGGAAAACUGAUAUUGAAAUACAUCAAUAACAUGGGUCUUGAACUUGAUUUCUCGUGUUUCAACUUCACUACUGUCGAACUUGAAAGUUGUAAUUUUAAAUCAUUCAAACUUGGGGAAGUUUCAAAAAGCGUGACAUUCAAAGAUUUAAAACAAGCAAUUAUUUGUUUGCGGCAACCACAAAUAAAUAAUCGAAUUGAAGAAGUAGUAAUCCACAGUGCAAAAAAUGUUUUCAAAAAUGGUCUUGUUUGUGACAAUUUCAAGUGGGAAAAUGAAGACAAAAACGACACGGAAAGUGAACAGGAUGACCAAGAUGAUUUGAUUAAAGGUAUAGACCAUAUCGACUCAAGCGAAGAAUCUUCAGAAGACUCCGAGAGUGAACCAAAAAAGAAGAAGAAAGCAGUGAAAAAAGCACCAAAACCAAAGAAAUGA